AUGGUGGCAAAGUCUAGGAAGGAUUGGAGCGACAAGCUUGAUGAUACUCUAUGGGCGUACAGAACUGCCUUCAAGACAGCUAUUGGUACUUCUCUGUAUCGGUUGGUGUAUGCCGGUGAGAAGCGGCUACUACAGUUGAGUGACCUAGAUGAGUUUCGGUUACAAGCCUAUGACAGUGCCCGUAUCUACAAGGGAAAGACUAAGCGAUGGAACGAUAGUCGCAUCCUUCAUAGCGAGUUCCCGUUGGGCGACAAGGUUCUAUUGUUCAAUUCUAGGCUUAAGCAAUUUCCUGGAAAACUUAAGUCUAGAUGGUCUGGGCCGUUCACCGUAACUAUGGUUAGCAAGUUUGGAUCCGUUGAGGUAGAGAACAAAAAUGGUGAGCAUUUCAAAGUAAAUGGGCAACGUCUGAGGUUGUACCAUGCAGGGGCUACUUUAGGAAUGGUUCAGGUUCAACACCUCAAUCCUUCCGCCCCAUGA